UCAAUAUUUUUCUAUUUCUUUCCUCCUCUAUGUGUAUUUUUCUUCGUUCUGUUGUGUCAAUUGUGAAACAGAGAGAACGAAAAGCAAUCAUAGAGAGAGAGAUUGAGCGGGAGAGAGCUUGCGAGAGCAGAGACAGCGGAGAGAGAGCGUUCGCCGGCAGGGUUGUCUCCCUCCGGAAACGAAGGUGGUGGUCUCCGGUGGGGGUUGUCUUGCUCAGAAAACGCCGGCUAUUUGACUCCGGCUCCAACUCUCUCAACAGAUCCGGCGGUUGGGCUCCGACAACGGCGGUUUGGGUCCCGCCAGAUGAAUACUUCCGAGAUGACGACAGCAGUUUGCAGUACUUUCUGACUUUUACUACGCGUUUGCGGGAGGACAAGAGAUCAAAAAAAUCAAAGAAACGGUGUAGAGUUCCUUGA